AUUCAAAAAUGAAUAAGUUGAAAAGCACCACCAGUUACGGCUUGGAAGCCAUUGCUUCACGUACUGAGGAUCAUAUCCACAAAAUCCUCUCUAAUAAAUCUGAGAUAAGAGACGUUGAUGCCAAAGAGGCUGCAAAUGAUGAGGACUUAUUAGCCCAAAUCGGGUAUAAGCAAGAAUUGAACAGAUCUUAUUCCACCUUGCAGGUUUUUGGAAUAGCUUACUCGAUCAUGGGAUUGCUUCCCUCUAUCGUGUCGACUCUUGCAAUUGGUUUGGAAGGUGGCCCAGCCUCAUUGGUUUGGGGGUGGUUUGUCGCAGGGUUGUUUAUUUUGAGCAUCGGAAUUUCGAUGUCGAUUUUGUCAUCUGCAAUUCCCACGUCUGGAGGGUUGUUUUACUGGACCAACUAUUACUGUCCCGACUCUCUUAGAGUGCCAUUAAGUUUUGUGAUCGGAUGCCUGAACUCGUUGGCUUUGUGUGGAGGACUUUGUUCCAUAAACUACGGGUUUGCGUUCGAGGUGUUGGCAGCCGUAUAUAUUAAUAAGGAUGGGGAUUUUAACAUCACUAAUGGUAAGCUUUACGGGGUUUUUGCUGCAUGUACAGUAUCACAUGUAAUCAUCUGCUGUUUGACCACCGGCCAUUCCGCCAAAAUGCAGCUUUUCUCCAUCAUCAUAAACACUUUUGUCAUUGUGCUCUUUUUCAUCGCGGUGCCCAUUGGAGCUGCUGGACACGGUUUCAACGAUGCAGCAUAUAUCUUUGGCAGAAUAGAAAAUGCCAGGACAUGGAGCAAAGGCUGGUCUUUUAUGUUAAGUUGGAUGCCGGCAGUGUGGACAAUUGGAGCUUUUGACUCGUGUUUGCACAUGAGUGAAGAAGCUUCCAAUGCUUCAAAAUCCAUUCCAGUUGGUAUAAACGGUUCAAUUACCGUGUGCUGGCUUGUAGGGUGGUGCAUUUGUAUUGUGUUUGCUGCUUGUAUCAAAGAUGGAGAUGUGGAGGCCGUGUUGGGCUCAGCAUCUGGGUCUGCCGGUGCACAAAUCAUCUAUGAUGCGUUGGGAAAGGAAUGGGCCGUUGCCUUCAUGUCGUUGAUUGCGUUUGCUCAGUACCUUAUGGGCUCUUCCAUUCUUAUUGCUGCCUCCAGACAAAUUUGGGCAUUUGCGAGAGAUGACGGGUUACCGCUCGUGCACAGACUUGUUAAGAAGGUGAAUCCAACCGUCAAAGUGCCAGUUAAUGCGACUAUUUUCGGUGGAUGUUUGUCGUUGAUUUUGGGGUUGUUGAUUUUAAUCAACGCCACCGCAGCCAAUGCCUUGUUCUCCUUGGCUGUCACUGGUAAUUAUCUUGCUUGGGGUAUGCCUGUGCUUUUGGUGCUCUUGCCAUAUGGUGCAAACAAGUUCCACCCAGGUCCUUUCUACUUCGGUACGACUGCCACAACAGUCAUUCACAUUACCACCGUCGUGUGGAUUGUGUACAUUAUUGUGAUGUCAAUGUUCCCAGACAGUAAGGUUGUUGAUAAGGGUGAUAUGAACUAUACUGUUGCUAUCAAUGGAGGUAUCUGGUUGUUGUCCAUAAUAUACUACUUUGUGUACGGAUACAGAGAGUACUCCGGUCCUAAGUCUAACUUGAAUGAAACCCCUACCGAGGGGAUUGACUUUUCAGGCACUGACAGUGACGUCCAUAAUGCUGAUGUGGUGGUUGAAGAUAAAGUGUAGAAUAUUUUGUAUUCAGUAAUAUAAAAAUGUUGAACUAG